AUGGAGACCGUGGCACUUGAAUGGAUCAGCUCUGCCGAAGUAGAGCCUCAAGAUGUGGUGCAGCUCGUGCAGCGGCUCCAUAAUGUUCCGGAGGAUGCGGUCUGUGAAAUUGGAGGUGAAAUUAUUCAACUGAGAUGCAAACAUGUAUAUACAGGUAAACGCAUCGGUACACCUCAAGUCAUGAUGCCUGCUUCCGAACGUGUAGACGAUGACGAGACGGCAUUUGAAUCGCGAUCACAAGCGGUAAUGGGCUCUUUCAACAUACCAAGCACAACAGCGUCCGUUUUACCUAUCGACAAGGUGAUUGCGUUGAUCGAUCUAUUGGGAGACCAAGUUGUGGAUGCCCAGGAAGCAUACGAGCUAUUUUCCGAUAGAGACGCGUCAAGUCUCAUCGCAAGCAACAAUGUGGCUGUGGAGCGUGUUCCGACUGCUACGACAGUGCCAUUCCUCUCGUACACGGACUUUUUAGCUACAGCUCUUGCGACGAAACACCCGUAG